AUGAGCAAACAGUACAUCAUCGGCGACUCGUCGCCAUUCCUCAAGCGGGUGCUCAUCCCCUUCUGGAUCAUCCGCAUCUUGAUCAUGCUUAUCCAGAUUGGUGUCUACGCCCUCCUCGUUGCCGGCUUGGGGGUGUACAAGGAUGACGCAAGGCGGAUUAUUGACGAGUACAACACCCACCUCACAUACGAAGCCAUCAUGGCCACCUCGGUCAUCAUCAUGGUCAUCAUCCUCGUCUGUCUGAUCUUCGAUCUCGUCAGCAUCAUCAAGCGCGCCAGACGCACCUUGGGCCCCAAGUUUUUCUUCUUCACCAACAUCUUCCAGACGCUGUUCUACGUCGUCAGCUUCAUUCUUUCCAUGAUUGGCGCCAGGCCAAGCGCUCUGUACGCCGUUAUCAACGUUAUUAUCCUGCUCUCCUUCCUCGGUCUUCUUGUCUAUGCUUCCAUCAUCUUCCACCAAUACCGCAAGGGCUCUCUCGGUGACGGCUCCGGUGGCAACCGCGGCACCUACGUGCCCGCUAGCAACCCCGCCGCUGUUCCCUUCAACCAGACCGCUGGUGUUGACACGGCUUAUGCCCCUCAAACUACUGGAUACGGCCAAGACUAUCCCCAAGAAUACCAGAAGCCCGCCUUUUACGACCACCAGGCGGCGAACCAGGCUGGGUAUGCCGGUCAGGGUUACGAGCCCUACUCUGGACAGCCGCAGCAGGUCAUCCAGCCCCCUCAGCAGGGGUAUGAGAUGCAGGGUCGCCAGGCUGUUUAA